GAAGAAGACCCAGAUUCUGACCUAAUUAGUGAUAUUUCUAGUUGGACGAUAGAAUGACGUGUUUAAUUUAUAUCUAGUGGUAGUGUGUCUACAAAUAUGUUGGAUCUAUUUACAAUUUUCAGUAAAGGAGGCAUCGUUUUGUGGUGUUUCCAAAGUACCAAUCAGAUAUUUACCAGUUCUGUAAAUGCAUUGAUACAAAAUGUCAUUUUACAGGAAAGGCCUACAAACCUUUAUGAAGAUAACGGCUUAUUACUUCAGUAUAAGUUAGACAAUGAGUUUGAUUUGCUAUUUGUGGUUGCAUAUCAGAAAAUUUUGCAGCUAUCCUAUGUUGAUAAGUUUUUAAAUGAUGUGCAUUUGGAAUUCCGAGAUAAAUACAAGAAUGAGCUGUCGGAUCGACAUUUUUUUGCCGAUUUUGAUUUUAUUAGUAAUUAUAAAAAAGUGCUUCAAAGGGCAGAAGAAUGGGGAAGGGUGCAAGCAAAUAUACCAAAACAAAUGAGAACAUUUGAAGAAUCUUUCAAAUCUAAGAAGACAGUUGCUUCUAUGAUUGAGCGCAAGGGUGAAGAAAAACCAACCAAAACUACCAAGAAAAAAGAAGUUAAUUUUGUAGAUGAUUCAGAAAAAAAUAAAACUUUACCUUCUUCACCUAAUAACUUAAAGGAAACAAAUUCUGUUGAAGAAGAUUUAAUAGCUGCCAGCAGGGCUAAAUUUGCUUUGAAAAUGCAAAAGAAAAAAACAGAGUCAAAGAAAAGUCCCAAAAGCCCCAACACUGAAAAAGCUGGUAAAAAACCAAGAGUUUGGGAUUUGGGAGGUACAAACAAAGAUCUUCAGUCAUUGGAAAGAACUACUGAUAAACCAGAAGAUAUUAAAAGUCACUUUACAGCUGAUACAGAGAUUGUUGGACAGAUGAAAGGUGGAAUUAAGGAUUUGGAAGUGGAAUCUUCUGAUGAAGAAUCUGACGAAGAAAUUCAGCAACAGGAAAGCAAAAAAUCCUCAUCUAAAGGCGGAAUGUUUUCUAUUUUUAAAAGCCUGGUCGGCUCCAAGAAUUUAACAGCCGCUGAUACCAAACCAGUUUUGGAAAAAAUGCGAGAUCAUCUUAUUGGCAAAAAUGUUGCCGCAGACAUAGCAAUAAAGCUGUGUGAUUCUGUAUCUGCCAAGUUAGAAGGAAAAAUUUUAGGGACAUUCGACUCAGUUACCACCAUCGUCAAAAAUACUUUAACAGAUUCUUUGGUACAAAUUUUAAGUCCAAACAGAAGAGUUGAUAUUUUGAGAGAUUGUCUAGAAGCCCAAAGGCAGGGCAGACCUUUUAUUAUGACAUUUUGUGGGGUUAAUGGAGUAGGAAAGUCAACAAACUUAGCAAAAAUUUGCUUCUGGUUAAUAGAAAACAAUUUAAGGGUGCUGAUUGCUGCUUGCGAUACUUUCAGAGCUGGUGCUGUUGAGCAGCUAAGAACUCACACCAGACACUUAAAUGCCCUACAUCCUCCACAGAAACAUGGAGGUAUGCAAAUGGUUGAAUUAUAUGAAAAAGGGUAUGGAAAGGAUGCCGCAGGUAUUGCUAUGGAAGCAAUUCGUUUUGCUCGAGACUCCAAGAUUGAUGUUGUCCUGAUUGAUACAGCCGGAAGGAUGCAGGAUAAUGAACCUCUGAUGAGAGCUUUAACAAAGUUGAUUAAGGUCAACGAGCCAGAUUUGGUAUUGUUUGUUGGGGAAGCACUAGUAGGCAAUGAAGCUGUAGAUCAGCUAGUGAAAUUCAAUCAAGCUCUGGCAGAUUACUCUUCCUCCAGUCAGCCACAUUUAAUUGAUGGUAUUGUUUUAACAAAAUUUGAUACUAUUGAUGACAAGGUUGGAGCGGCAAUUUCAAUGACUUACAUUACUGGACAACCAAUAGUUUUUGUUGGCACUGGUCAAACUUAUACAGAUUUAAAGGCCUUAAAUGUCAAAGCAGUGGUCCACUCUUUAAUGAAAUAAUUAUCUAUUUUAAUAAAUUUUUAGACGGAUAUCGUGUGGACCUAUACAAAGCAAAAUUGUGUACUUCCAUUAUUUUAAGUUUUACUCUGUUAAUGUCUAGGAAUCUUUCAAAUUCUAUUCCAUUGUGUUAAUUUUAUUAAUAAAUCUUGUUAUUUACAAUUUUUGUAAUAUAUUGUUUCAACCACUUUAAAAUAAAAC